AACUUAAAAUCGUUAAAGACAUACAACUUGAGUUAAGAAUGGUAUUUUAUGACGUCCCCGUGUCCGUCCGUGUUUGUGAAGCACCAUAGCGAUCGAUAGCGUAAAGCUAGCCGCUCGAAAUUCUGCACAGACAUUCUUAAUGAUGUAGACCUCUGCAAAUAGGGCAUAGGGUGUUUUUGAAUGUGACUCCCGUAUAAAAGGUUUUUGGAGCCGCAGUUUUUAUCCUUUUAAAAUUUUGCGUGUAUAGAGUGAUGCGGCAAAAUUUAAGUUGCUUAGCCUUCUACGACCUCUGGUAUGUGUAAACUUUUAGCUGUGAUGGGUUCCUUAGAUGAGUUUGACUUUUCUACUGCUACCAAUGAGUGUUAUCGACGUGGUCUUCAAUUGGCCGAAAUUAAAAAUGCCGACAAAAAUGCUGCCAUGGAUAUCUUGUUAAGGUCUUUAUUUGCUAAAACUCCUGAUUUGUGGAUUGGUGCCAGAGACGAUGGAUCUUCUCGCAAAGAUCGUCCCUUUUAUUGGCAAAAGUCUAAACAGCGUAUGGUGUUUGGCAACUGGGCUAGUGGUCAACCUGAUAAUUCACAAGGUGUCGAACAUUGCGUUCACUAUUAUAGUGCCACAAAUUUCAAAUGGAAUGAUAUCAAAUGUGAUUCAAAGUUAGGUUUUAUUUGUGAAGGUCGCUUUCCCUAAUAGAACUUAAAUGUCUUCACAUAAAAUCAGAAUCAGAAUUGUUUGCAUAAAAAAUGAUAUUCGACUUUCCUUUUCAUUAAAAACAACUUUUAUCAAAAUAUGCAAUAAGAAA